AUGUGAGGCAGCGUUUGGGGAAGAGACGAUAUUCCCCCGAUGGACGUUCCCCCUCCCCCCCCUCCCCCAGGGACACGCCCCCUGCCAGAGAGCCAAUCAGAGACGUGCACCGCAGGCUGGGCGUUGCCAAUCAGGACAGAGCAGUAAACUCAUCCAAAGACAGGAAGUCAACGCUGUGGAGCAGACUGGGCUCGGCCGGAGACGACGCCAACGAGCGCCUCUUCACCCCCUCUUCAUCAUCAUCGGGGAGGAAGGAGAACGCCUCCAGCAUCAGGAGGGGAGGCGACGGGGAGGAGGAAGAGAAGAAGAAGAAGAAGGUGGUGGCAGGGGAGGAAGAGGAGGAGGAGGAGGGCGACUCGGCGCUGCAGGAGGUUUGGGGCGCGAUGAUCAAACAGAAACAGGAGCGUCAGACCACGCACAUCAAAAAGAGUCGUCUCGAUAACCUGCCGUCGCUUCAGAUCGAAAUCAGCCGCGAGAGCAGCGACGAGUCCGACAACUGAGGAGACCUUCAUCAUCGUCAUCAUCAUCAUCAUCAUCGUCCUCUUCCUCAUACAGACUGCAGAUCUGAGGCCGUGGGAGGGGGGAGACAUGUACGACGUCCUGAUAUUUAGUUUUUUUGUUUGUUUUGGCUAUUUUUAAAUAUCGACAGUCUGCGACCGAGUCCAUGAGCCGUGCUUCAGAGACACGUAAGACAACUUCAGAGACACGUAAGACAACUUCAGAGACACGUAAAGACAACUUCAGAGACACGUAAGACAACUUAAGACAACUUCAGAGACACGUAAAGACAACUUCAGAGACACGUAAAGACAACUUCAGAGACACGUAAGACAACUUCAGAGACACGUAAAGACAACUUCAGAGACACGUAAAGACAACUUCAGAGAGACGUAAAGACAACUUCAGAGACACGUAAGACAACUUCAGAGACACGUAAAGACAACUUCAGAGACACGUAAGACAACUUCAGAGACACGUAAAGACAACUUCAGAGACACGUAAAGACAACUUCAGAGACACGUAAGACAACUUCAGAGACACGUAAAGACAACUUCAGAGACACGUAAGACAACUUCAGAGACACGUAAAGACAACUUCAGAGACACGUAAAGACAACUUCAGAGAGACGCAAAGACAACUUCAGAGAGACGUAAGACAACUUCAGAGACACGUAAAGACAACUUCAGAGAGACGUAAAGACAACUUCAGAGAGACGUAAAGACAACUUCAGAGACACGUAAAGACAACUUCAGAGACACGUAAGACAACUUCAGAGACACGUAAAGACAACUUCAGAGAGACGUAAAGACAACUUCAGAGAGACGUAAGACAACUUCAGAGACACACAAAGCAACUUCAAAGACACACAAAGCAACUUCAAAGACACACAAAACAACUUCAAAGAGACACAACUACUUAAAAAUACUCAAAAUUAUAACAACGAAACUUGAGACAACUUUGAAGAGAUGCUAAAUGACAACAGAGAAGAAAAAAAGUGACUAAAAGGAAAUACAAAACAACUUAAAGGAGACACACAAAAACUUAAAGGAGACACACAAAAACUUAAAGGAGACACAAAACAACUUAAAGGAGACACACAACAACUUAAAGGAGACACAAAACAACUUAAAGGAGACACAAAACUAUUUCGAAGACAUACAAAAAUUACUUCAGAGAUACAAAAUGACUUUAAAUGACCUCAAAGA